CCUUCGUCGCGUAAGCCACCGAAGAUAUCGAACCGUGCUAGUCCUUUACCGAUGCUUCAUUCCAAAAGAGCUUCUUUAAGUGCAAGUCAUGUUAAAAUGGAUAAUAAAUUUACAAAAUCUGCUGAUGGCAAAACUAUUGGCAUGUCAAAGAAAAUGUGUUUGCGGAAUUUGCCUUCUUCAGUUUUGCCUGCUGGAGUUGAUGAGUAUGCAAGGUUUUGUUCUGCUUCUGCUGACUUCACCGGUAAAUCUCCUUCAAACUUUGCAAGGAGAACGAAGGAUUCCCGUCCGGGUGCUUCUACUUCUUCUACUUCGACCUUACGAACCCCUCUGAGAUACUCAACUAGAAACAAAACCGAGUUGGUAAAUUCCAGUGCUUCUAUUCGUUUCUUCUCAACGCCCGAUAAAUCCUCCAUUUCUAAAUCUCCUUCUAGUUCCUUUGAUGGAUGGUCCUCAGGAUCAUCAUCAUACACAUCUCUCAAGCAAAGAUACAAUAUCUAUGCUGCCAGCCCUUUAAAUAGUACUCCUCUGAAAGAGAUUUUUGACCGUGAUCCCUUCCAAUCAUCGUGUUCUCAGAGGCAUCGUUGUGGUCAAUCCUGUUCCGGACAUGAAAUUUCGGAAUUCAAGUUAUGGAAUUCACAUAACUAUGAUAUCCCAAUGUGCACCACUCUUGCUCCUACCGAUGUUUCAAGAAAACUGAAACCUUCAGGUCUGAAGAUGCCAUCACCAAAAAUAGGAUAUCUUGACGCGGAAAGUUCCACAGGUCCUGUCAGCAAAGCUAAGUUACCUGCUAACAGAACGAAAUACGGAAGGCAUCGAUCAGCAGGAGGGGUAGCAGGAUCUGUGGGUAAGUCGGGCUUGAAGAAGCAACCUCUGAGGGAGCUGAGUUAUAUCAAGGGACAUGUUCCUGGUGAGGGUAACAAAGAAAAUAUAAUCAGUUUUGAGAAUCAAGUUGAUGAUCUGAGUAAAUGUAUGGGAACCAUUGGUUUUAGUAGGGUCUAAA